AUGACUUUGCCGAAUAAAAGCACUUCAUUUCCUGCUGGAGUACCUUCGAUAAAAGGUGGAGAGUACACCGCACCUUCAUUGGCGCGUCGGACAACUCAAAUGCCAUUAAAACCAAUUGUCCAACAAUCGAAUAACGCAGCAGCAGAAGAGGGACAAAUAAUGAAGAACCAAUACAUCUCGCAGACAAAUCGAAUCAUUGGGUCAGACUUCUUAGUAAGAAAUGUAUUACUUCAACGCAUCAGAGGUGUCCUUCAGUCCGACGAGGACGAAGCUGCUUUGUACGUUGGAGAAGGUGUUUCCGAGGUGAUUUCUUCAGCUGCGAAUGAAAUGCUUUGGAAUGCAAUUUCAGACAUUGGAAAGACAGCGGAGACGAAGAUUAGUCCUGGGGAUGGUGUGAAAGUGACAUGGGUAGAGUCCAAAACUGAUAAAUUACGUGCGGAACUUGAAUACAAAGAUGAGAAGAAGCCGCGUGAAAUACGGCGCGAUGGGAAACGCGUUAUUCGUGUGACGAUGAGUGAUGUAAUGGCAACGCGGAAGAAGUUACUUAAGCGUGGAAUACGACGAGCGGAGAUCAAGUCAUAUGAGAAUAAGUGA